AUGAAUUCUUUCGAUCAAUGUCUUUGUGUUCAUUUAGAGAAACAUUUCGUGGAAGAGAAUCGAUCGGAUGACACACCAUUCGGUGUUCUCUUGGGAAUUAUUACACUUUUGAAUUUAAUCAUUCCGAUAACCAGUGUCAUUGUCAGUGCACUGUGGACAUGUGAUAUCGAACGAUUCAAAGAACCUUAUCAACAUCCACGAAGUUAUUUACUUGCGCCAACACCAGCAUUGGUCGAACAAGGACAAAUCGAUUAUGGAGCAACGAAAAGGAACCAUUCCCAGUUUUACCACCACCAUUGUAUCAAGAUGUGGUCGAAACGGGUUUCUAUCCAUCGUCACCAUCCCUCGAAAAACAAUAAGAUCCUUUUCUUUUUCGAUUCUCUUCUAUGA